AUGGUUAGAGUAUGUGUGGUUGGUUGUCUUCACGGCCAAUUAGAUCAAGUCUAUACGGAUAUUGAGACGAUGGACAGAGAGGCUGGUGAAAAGACGGAGUUGGUGCUCUGUUGUGGUGACUUCCAAGCUAUUCGAAAUCCGGCAGAUCUACAAUCACUUUCUGUUCCUGCAAAGUUCUAUGAAAUGGGAGAUUUUUAUAGGUACUACUCAGAAGAGAUUUCAGCGCCAAUAUUGACUAUCUUUGUUGGAGGAAAUCACGAAGCUUCAAAUUACCUUCAAGAAUUACCGUAUGGAGGGUGGGUUGCUCCAAAUAUUUGGUAUAUGGGUUACGCUGGAGUUGUUCAGUUUAAUGGUCUUCGAAUCGGUGGUCUCUCGGGUAUCUACAAACUCCACGACUACAGCCUUGGACAUUACGAGCAUCCACCUUACUGCGAGGCGACUAAGCGCUCCGUGUAUCACAUCCGAAACCUGGAGGUCUUUCGCCUCAGUCAGGUCACUCGUCGAUUGGAUAUCAUGUUGAGUCAUGAUUGGCCUCGGGGUAUCUAUCAUUAUGGUGACAAGGAGAAGUUACUGCAUUAUAAAAGGCAUUUCAGAAUGGAAGUGAACAAUAAUACCCUGGGAAGUCCACCUGCUGAACAGCUACUAUGUCAAUUAAAACCGAGGUACUGGUUUGCGGCCCAUAUGCAUGUCAAGUUUCCUGCGAUUGUACAGCAUGAGGGUUCUCCAGGCAUCCAAACCAAAUUCCUUGCUUUAGAUAAGUGCUUACACCUGCGCGACUAUAUUCAGUUCUUGGACAUUGAGCCCGAUCCGCAGCCUUCCACUUUCAACGACGAAGGUCAAAUUGUCGGUGGGGAUGGUCCAUAUGCUCCGAUCAUCAUUUCCAAUAUUCCUUCGGAAGAGUCGCCUUCCGAAGAUUCCAUGGCGAAGCUCUUUAUCGACCCAGAGUGGUCAUGCAUCCUUCAAUGCACAAACGAAUUCCUUUCACUUACACGGAUACCUUCUAUGUUGCCGGGACAAAAUGGAAGCAAGACGUGA